AUGUCUGCAACUGCAAAGAUAAGGUUUCGUCCUCACCUUACAGAAACAUUUAUCACAAAGAUUAUUCAUCCGACUAUAUCUUUCUUGAUUUUGUUGUUUGCUUCUUUACUUCGAGGAAGCAAUGACAUAUUCUUUUUUAAAAAAGCCUUUCGAUUGUUGCUAGUUUUCUUAGCAUUGAUCCAUCUCUACUCAAUCCUUACACGAUUUGAUGGUAUAAAAGGACCCAGUGACAAUGCUUAUAAUGAAAAUGGAGUUUAUAGUCUCUCUGAACUAUCUAUGUCCAAGUUCUUGGGAGUUCGGAAGCACCUUACAUCUUUGACUUUUAAUUUAAACUUUUCUAUGACAAUUCUUUUCGAUUGCACUUUCAGAUUUCAGUUGAAGAUUUACGAUGUGUUUGAUGCUAACUGCUCAGUUCCACAACAUUGUUUAAUAUACUCCAACAUAACUAGUACAAUGGUCUCCUCCUCAACGCAUGCAACCUCCAUUCAUACAUCAUAAGGAAGAGUAAAGUCCAAAAUGAGAUUUGAAGGAUCAAAGGACAUUGUUUAGCAACAAAUGCUUGUAAAUUGUCUGUAUAAGACCAAAGUUGUUUUUCAUACUAUACUAUUAGUAUCAUGUACAAAAUUUCCUUUAUCCUU